AUGCGGCUUGACAUCGUGCUGGUUGCCGGCCUGGCGCUGCUGGUCAGCGCAUCAGCGGCCUCGACACCCUGCAGCUAUGUCAUCAGUGCCAACGACACGCUGUUCGAUGUUGGGAAGAGGUACAAUCUGACGCUCGCAGAGGUGACAGCGGCCAAUCCGCAGCUGUCGGACGUCAACAUCCUGCAGCUGGGCACCGUCAUCGCGCUUCCCUGCGGAAACGCAACGGCCACCAGCGGCGAGUCUGUGCUCGACCUGCUGGCGCACCGCGCCGACAUGACCACCCUGUUCCGGGCCGUGGUGGCGGCGGGCUUUGCUGACACGCUGGCCGACGAGAGCCUGGUGGCCACCGUGUUUGCGCCCAACAACACCGCCUUUGAGAACCUGCUGGCCAAGGUGCUGACCAACCAGACUGCCGAGGAGCUGCUGGCGGACAAGGCGGCGCUGGCUGAGCUGCUGUCGUACCACGUGGUGCCGGAGGAGGCGUUGGAGGCCGCCCAGCUGACCAACGGCAGGAACCUGACCACGCUGCUGGAGGAGGAGUUUGUGGAGGUGUUCAAGCCCGCCAACACCACGCGCCUGGCCACCAGCUCCGGCCAGAAGGUGCGGGUGGUGGCCACCGACCUCGAGGCGGGCAAGGCCGUCGUGCACAUCACCAAGGGGGUGCUGCUGCCGGCCAGCUUUGGCGUGGAGCUGCCUAGCCCCGAGGCGGGGUGCAUCCACGUGGUGAAGGAGGGCGACAUCCUGUUCGACCUGGCCGCGCAGUACGACACCACCGUGGACUCGCUGCUGGACCUCAACCCGCAGCUGCAGGCCAACCCCACGCUGCUGCCCCUGGGCACCGAGCUGAUCCUGUACCCAGAGUGCGAGCUGUGA